AUUUUUAUUGUAAUAGCAUGAGAAAUCUCCACUUGUGUUUGUCUUAGGACAUUUUGUUGGCUCACACAACACAACCAUGGCUAGCGAAGACAGGGAUAAUAAGACUCCUGAAUGUUUUCCAGUGGAUGACUACAUAAAGAGAUCCUACCUUCCGAUCAUGUAUGGGAUCAUAUUUGUAGUGGGGCUUGUGGGUAACAUCACCUCAAUCAUCAUCUACGUUGUCAGGCUGCGCCCAUGGAAGAGCAGCAGCAUCAUCAUGGUGAACCUUGCCUUGGCAGACCUCCUGUAUGUUCUGUGUCUGCCCUUCCUGGUCCACUACUACAUCAAAGACGACUGGAUCAUGGGCGAGGCCAUGUGUCGCAUUGUUCGCUUUAGCUUCCACUUCAACCUGUACGGCAGCAUCCUCUUCCUCACCUGCCUGAGUGUGUUCCGCUAUGUGGUCGUGGUCCACCCGCUGAGGGCAGCCCAGGUGCAGAGGACGAGCUGGGGAGUGAUCGCCUGCCUGGCUGUGUGGUUCAUAUCUGUGUUGGAGAUUAUACCCAUGGUCCACAUGAUCACUGUGAAGAAGACUGAGAACAAUAUGACGUCAUGCCUGGAUUUUGCUAGUAAUGAUCCAGAAGAGGUGUGGGUCUAUGGCUGGCUACUCACUGUCCUGGGCUACCUACUCCCCCUAGUGGUGGUGUGCCUGAGUUACAUCCGUGUUGCAUGUGAGCUGGCCGGUGGGCCACAUGAGGGCCGUCCGAACAGGGUGCGUGCCCGCAGGAUGACUGUGCUGAUCCUGGUUGUGUUUGUGCUAUGCUUCACACCCUUCCACAUCCUCCGUGCCCUGCGGGUGUACACCCAGAUGGAAGCCCAAAGGCCGGUGCCCUGUAUGCUGCUGAUAGGGGUCAAUGCAGCCUACACCAUCUCCAGACCCCUGGCAGGGCUCAACACCUUCUUCAACCUGGCUCUGUACACUUUGGCUGGAGACAGGUUCCACCAGGCGGUCCUUGGCCUCCUCCGCUGGAGACCCCAGUUUCUCAAGACCAAGAGGCCCAUCAUGGUGGCAGUGAUCGGCCAACCAGGCAGAAACAGUAUGUCACAGGCUAACGUGCUAAAGAGCUGAGUCAAAAUACUACACAACAUUUUAUAUACAUAUGGUUGAUUGACUUAAUUUCAAAACACAGAAGUCUAUUUUUUGGUGUUGACAAAAAGAACUAUGUCCUUUUUACUACUUACUAACUUUAGUAACUUACAAAUGCACUGCUCGCCUUUGAGUAACUUUAUUAGGUGCUGUCUUUCUAGGGUGACCAUGUUUCUGAACGUUACUGAUAUUGUCGAAAUGUUUUUGCCAUAAAACUGGUUCUGUCAACUGCCGUGCAAGAUAAAUCACAGCAGGGUGCUCUUAUCUUGAGUAGACUGGAUUCAGUAGGGAAAUGCUAGGUUUCUGGGUCAGUCUUUAAUUGACAAUACAUUGCAUUAUAACAAGCUGUACAAUCAUACAACAUAUAAUCAUGUUAACAAUUAAACGUGUUAAUCACUGUCAGUAAA